AUGAGGAAAAAUGAGGUUAGGCAGCUAAAGCCUGGGAGGGUGUUGGACAUGCAGCAAAGACGAUCUCGAUUGGCCUCUCCCUAUGCGUGGCACCGCACAAUCGGCCGCAACUUCGUUGGCUCGGGCUCCAGCUCUGGAUAUGAGCAGAGCGCCUUGAGAGGGGUUGAAAUUGCAGUGCAAUUGGUUGCCUUCUUUCUCGCCGCGACGAAAUUCGUUCGCAUUCGGUCGCCUUUCCAGGUCUCAGGCGGACCAGGCGGACAGACCAACGUCGCCGCAUCCUCGAGACACCCUCUCUUAUGUUCUGAACUCCUACCUAAUCAAGACUGGAUUGGCCUCCGAUUUCCGUGUAAAGUCUCAAUGAGGUGCUCACAAGCUGACCCAGUUGUCUUUGAAAACACGUCGAUGAUACUUCAAAACGAGACCGCCUCCAUGGAACUGAUGGCCUACCCCCUGCCUUCCACAACUUGCAACUGCCUUCCUGGCAGUGAGAAAUACAGUGAAGUCUCGAGUCUGUCUCGGUCAGGCGAGGGAUCGAACAAUCUGGAGAGGAGUUCGACUAUACACCAGAUCAAAGCCUCGGGGUGUGUUAAAAUUGCAGUGAAUAUUCUUAUUCUUGGGCAGUCCGGAGUCGCUUUUGGUGGGCUGCAUAAGACCUGCUUCCCACCAAGCCCAGAUACCAAAGGCAAGGUACAUGCCAUCACGACGUAUUCAUUCGAAGUCUCCUUCACGCUCUGUAAGGGUUCAGAACUCCUCUUCACCAAAGCCGUGUCUCCCAUCGGCGAUUACCAGUUCGAAGAAGGAUAA